GAGAGCUACAUCCAGACGAGCAUGAAGCCGGAGAUGGCGCAGCUGCGGCAGACAGCGGUGCAGAACCAGACCGCCACCAUGCUGGAGAUCGGCAGCACCCUCCUCAACCAAAGCGCUGAGCAGAGCCGCAAGCUCACUGAUGUGGAGGCCCAGGUGCUGAACCAGACGUCACGCAUCGAGAUGCAGCUGCAGGAGAACUCCCUGUCCACCACCAAGCUGGAGAAGCAGCUGCUGCUGCAGACGAACGAGAUCCAUAAGCUGCAGAACAGGAACAACAUCCUGGAGGUGCGGGUGCUGGAGAUGGAGACGAAGCACCAGGCGGAGCUGGCGGGGGCCCGCUUGGAGAAGGAGAAGUUGCAGCGCCUGGUAAGCCGGCAGAGCGGCACCAUCGAGGAGCUGGAGAAGUCGCUGCUGGCCGCCAGCGCCAACACCAGCCUGCUCCAGCGCCAGCAGCUCCAGCUCCUCGAGUCAGUGCAGAGCCUGGUGCGCCUCGUCUCCCAGGGCAGAGCCCCGCUGCCCGGGCAGGAGCAGCUCUUCCAGGACUGCGCCGAGGUGCACCGGGCGGGCAUCCAUGCCAGCGGGGUCUACACCCUCCACAUCGCCAACCUCAGUGAACCCAAAAAGGCCCCCGCCGCGCUGCGCGUCGAGCUGCGGGACUGGGAGGGCGGCCAGGUCUAUGCCCACUACAGGAAAUUCCAGCUGGGGAGCGAGCGGCAGCUUUUCAGGCUCUCGCUGCAGGACUACAGCGGCACGGCCGGGCAGCAGAGCGGCAUGGCGCUGCAGGGCACCCACUUCAGCACCCGCGACGCCGACAACGACAACUGCCUCUGCAAGUGCGCCCAGAUGCUGUCGGGAGGCUGGUGGUUCGACGCCUGCGGCCUCUCCAACCUGAACGGCAUCUACUACCCGGCCCGGCACAACAUCCGCAAGCUCAACGGCAUCCGCUGGCACCACUUCCAGGGGCCCAGCUACUCCCUGAAGGGCACCCGCAUGCUGAUACGACCCGCCAGCUUCUAGCACGCCGGCGGCCGGCAUGGCACUGCAACCGGUGCCAGCCUGGCACGGAGGGCAGGGGCCAGGAGGGGGCCGGGAGAAGGGAUGGCUGGGGGAGACCAAGCCCUCCUAGCCGCCACAGGGAAGCUUUUCCCCCAGUUAUUAUUUUUUACUCUUUUUUUAUCCCAUCCUCCGAGAUCCUGCGCGUCACAGAGUGCGGCUGGGCCUCCAGCUCCCCACGCUACCUCCUUCACCCAGGGAUGGGGGUCCAAGACCCCUCCAGGACCCCCUGCACGCUCAGCCCAGCUCCAAGGCACAGCGGGGGCUUUGCCUUUUCUGUAUGUUUUAGGGCAUUGCAAAGCCCCCACCGUCCCCCUUUCCCAGUGGGAUUAGGGGAGCUGGUGGGGAUGGGGGUCCCUCUGAGUGCGAGGGGCCGGUGCCAUCCGUCCUUCCCGUCCUGCCCAGGCAUAGCCGUGCAGGGGGACACGGGCUGUGCCCUCCUGCGUGCAUGGCCCAAGCUACCAUCCCCACGCGUGGCG